AUGUUGUGCGUAAGACAAGAAAUAGGUACCUCCACAAUAUUGCAUGGUGACAACUAUUGGAAUUGUAUACAGCGUGAAGUUGUGGAAGAUAAGUAUAGAAAAUGCGGGCUUAUGAACAUAAUCCAACAUAUAGACAUAUGUGGCUCAUAUAAAACGACUUACAGAGAGCAGUAUCGAACAAAAUCAGGCUUUAAUAAAAACGAAGUUUUAGUGACUUCAAUCUCAAGUACACCGAGCUCACCGGCCCAUGUUACACCAAACGCGUCACUGAAACAAGUAGACUCCAAAAUAAGUAGGUUUUCAAUUGUAACAAAAGUUUCUGGUCUUUAUCCUGGAAACGACAUUUUAUCGAAACGUCCGAAAAAAUACAAACUUGUUGGGAACAAAUCAUCUUAUUUAACUGUGCCUAAAUAA